AUGGCCGCUGAAGCAGCAACAGCCGCCCUGAUCAACGCCCUCAACACCAAUUCCCUCACCUCCCUGCCCACCAUCGUAGCCAACCCGGUCCUCGCCAACGGCGACAACAAGCCCACACCGCUGGAAGAGUACAUAGCCUCGAUACAGACCCGCCUAUCCGCUGCGCCGGGCAGCACCUUCCAUCUCGAGACCAUCGUCCCGGACACUCUCUCAGCCGGGACCCGCGCGGCUGUCCGCCUCCGCUGGCAAGGCACGCUGUCCGGGCCGUACGCCGGCGCAGAUCCGGCAUCCGCGCCAAGCGACCAGCCCUUCGAGACCUGGGAACACGCAUUCAUACGCACCAGCACGGACGCCGACGGAGGCAGCAACGCAAAAAUCGUCGAGAUCACGAGCGUGCUGGACACCGACGUCUUGCGGGAGCAAAAGCCCAGCCUGCCGCGGCUCGUCCGGGCCCCAGCCGCCGGGGCCAAGCUGGGUGUCGCCGACUUGAAGGCGCUGUACGAGGCGUACAUAGCCUGCAUCAACGCCCACACGACCGACGCGGCGCACCUCUCGAGCUUCUGCAAUCCCACCGUCGCGCACAACGGCCAGGAGCUGGACCUAACGUCCUACGGGCGGCUCAUGUCCGAUGCCCAGGCCGCGAUCGACGGCCUCAAUUUCGGCAUCGGCGACCUGGUCGUCGACGAGGAGGGGCAGAGGGUCGCCUGCCGGAUCGACUUCUCGGGCGUGCCGGUGAGGGAGUUUGGCGGGCUGAAGCCCUGCGGCGGGAAGGCGGUUCGGUUCACGGAGCAGGUCAUCUACCAUCUCGAGGGGGGGAAGAUCAGGACGGUGCUCAGCAUAGUGGACUUGGAGACGGCGAGGAGACAGCUGGCAGGUUGA